AUGACGAGCUUAAAGGCCUAUGGAUACUGUUCUUCCAUGCGUCAGGAUCCAGCUGCUAAUGUGCUGUACGUGGCCAUGCUCUCAGUGCCUGAUGUUCUGUGUCUGGGACUCAUGCUCUGGGCUAGCACCUCCAUGCUCUUUGUCCUGUACAGACACAAGCAGAGAAUGCAACACAUACAGACGCACCAAGCUGCAGACAGCCGGCCUGGUGGGGGCUGCCUUAGUCGUACAGACACAGGGGCCUGCGUGCAGAUCGCCUGCGUGCAGAUCACCUGCGCAGAAGCCGCCUAUGAGCAGAGAGGCUCCAUCCCGCCAAAGCUUCUAGGCACCUGCAGCAAGUCAGGCCACCUCCAGCCCGCCCAUCGGGGGCUACUGGAGUCCCAGAGACUCAGGAGUGUUCCCCAAACCAUGGUGGCUUGGGGCUGGAGAAAUUUCUUCAAUGAUGUGCAGUGCAAAAUGGUCUUCUAUCUUCACCGAGUGGGCAGGGGGGUGUCGAUCAGUAGCACUUGCUCCCUGAGCAUCUUCCUUGCUGUCAGCAUCAGCCAAGGGCACUCCAGGUGGGCAGGGCUGAAGGGGAGAGCCCACAAGCACAUUGUUUCCACUGUCUACCUCAGCUGGGGGGUUUUCCUCCUGGUGAGCAUUGUUAAUCUCAAGUUCAUGACUGGACCCAAAGCAUACGAGAACAUGACAAGCUUUAAGGCCUAUGGAUACUGUUCUUCCGUGCGUCACGGCCCAGCUGCUGAUGUGGUGUAUGUGGUCAUGCUCUCGUUGCCUGAUGUUCUAUGUCUGGGGCUCAUGCUCUUGGCCAGCACCUCCAUGCUUUUUAUCCUGUACAGACAUAAGCAGAGAAUGCGACACAUCCAGAGGAUCAGCGUCUCCACCAGAGCCUCUCUCGAGUCCAGAGCUACCAUAAUCAUCCUCCUCCUGUUGAGCACCUUUGUCUCCUUUUAUACCAUGUCCUGCAUCUGUCAGACUUGCUUGUCUGUGAUUUACAACCCCAGCCCUGUGCUGCACCAUAUCUCGGUGUUUGCUAUGGGCUGCUUUCCAUCCCUCUGCCCUUUCCUGCUCAUGAGUGGACACUCCACUCCCUGCAGCCUCCUCUUCACCUGCACAAAGAAGAAGAAAGUGGUCCUCCCCUGA